AUGGCUGCACCACGGAAAACAGUCUUGAUAACGGGUUGUUCAGCAGGUGGCAUUGGCGGAGGGCUGGCGGAAGCAUUCCUCGAGAAAGGGUAUUUCGUCUUUGCGGGCCUACGAACCCCAUCAAAGGCGUCUCAAAUCUUAUCGCAAUCAAAAAACGUCAAAAUCCUAACGCUUGAUGUCUUGUCCUCGGAGUCCAUUGCAUCUGCGGUUGAGUCCGUGAGCAAAGAAACCGCGGGCAAACUCGAUAUUCUUGUCAACAACAGUGGUGCAGGCAUCCUUGCACCAGCGCUGGACACUUCGAUCAAAGAGGGCAAGGCGUUGUUCGACCUCAACUUCUGGGCGCCGGUAGCCAUGGUCCAAGCUUUUGCUCCUCUUCUGGUCAAGGCUAAGGGUUGCAUCGUGAACAAUACGUCCGCCAAUUCUCAAGUACCCAUGCCAUUCAUGAGUAUGUACAACGCCUCCAAGGGUGCCCUCGCCAUGGCCAGCGAGACCUGGCGUCUCGAGCUGCAACCGCUUGGAGUUCGAGUGAUGACCCUCGUGACUCUCGGUGUCAAGACCAAUUCUUUCGCUAACGCACCGCAGCAUGAAAUCCCUGAGACUUCAAAUUACUAUGACAUCCGGGAUUUCAUCCACGGCCUCUCGGACGGUCGGCUCCAAGCUAGUGGUGUAACGACAAAAAGGUUCGCGACCCAGGUGGUACAUCAGGUUGACAAGGGUGCGUCUGGAACAGUCUGGGCUGGUGGUAAUUCUUCCCUGGUUUCGUUCACAUGGUGGAUAUUACCGCAGUCUCUUCGUGUAAGGUUAUUCCAAUAUCUUUUCUAA